AUGUCGCAGGAACCUGAAGACUCCCCUCUUACGGCAGAACAAGCCAACCAAGACUUUAACCAAACUAUUAUCGAUAACAUCCAUCCCAAGGCGAAGAAGUUCCACCCUCUUUACAACCAAAUCGUUCAAAAUCUAGAACGCUAUAAGCCUAGCUCUGCGCGAACUUGGUCGGCCUAUGGUAUGAGCAAGCGGUUCCAAAGGUUCUUCGACACGACGGAAGAGGAAGAGAAACCAGACUUGGCGUCAUAUCUCGCAGCAAAAGCCGCGAGAGCGGUCUUGGGCCAUCGCGAUGGUGACCUUUAUGCCCAGCACGCAUCCAGAAGAUAUCUGGAUGAGUGGGCCGAGGAGCAGCUGCGUGCAAUGGCUGCUGAGAGCCAAGGCUCCCCCAAGCCGACCGAGGAGGAGAGUGCAAAGGCGUCGCCAAAGCUGAAGAUCGAGCCGGUUGAGUGGGCUCUGAGCGACGUCUCCAAACAUGAGAAGGCCGAAGUCGAUGAUUCUGAGCCUCGUGCGGCGCCUGCUCCGCAGCCCAUCGUGCGCCCCAAAACCGAGCCCGCGAGGCACGCCACGCCUCUUCAGCGCGACCUCUUACGGCCGGCUUCAACCCAGGGCAAAAGACAAGGCAGCCGCAUCGGGAUGCCCAGGCCCAAAAGGCCCAGAAUGGUCGAUGAGGGCUGCUUGGCGAAGGUUGAGUACCGAGACUCGGGGACCCAAACGGACGUUGAGGAGAAAGACAAGACGAGCAACAAGUCUCCAGACUUGAAAUCAGAUAUCGAGGCGUUGGUUGACGCCGCCAUCGCUCGACGCAGCACAAGCAGCCAGGAAACCGCACUGUCCUCCAUGGUGAAUUCCAGGGUGGCACUCGUCCAAGACACGCUUCCCGGACGGAUGAUUACCGAAUUGCCUGUCUCGCCUGCAAUGCAGUAUCCACCAGAGGGUGUAGGUGCCUACGGGAGGGUCAUUCCGCCUCCUAGACGGCCGGAACCCGGGUACAUGCAUCCAGACAUGUGGGAUGGGGCUCAUGGUCGGGGCGUGAGAGGAGAUCCUUAUGGAUAUCCUGGGCCGGAUUAUGGCGGUAUGAUGGACACCAUGUGGGCGUUUGGCAGGGUCGGCUACCGCCGCUGA